UUUAGCCCUUCAUUUUUCUAACACAUUAAGACACAAAAUACAUACACACUACACUUACUCUUCAACGAUGGAGCUCAGCCCAAUGCUCAUCUUCCUCAUCGUCUCCGUCCUCAUCGGCGCCGGAGCGCGCCCGGCCUUAUCGUCCAAAGGGAGGUUGAAUGCGACGAUCAAUUACAACAUUGGAUCGUCGGAGGUUUACGAAAUCGACUAUAGAGGACCCGAAACACAUACCUACAUUCCGCCCCCGAAUCGGGCUGCCGGAGAUCGGCCACGGAUCCAUCAUCGUCGCAAAUCCAAGCUCAAAAAGGCCACAAGAAAUGUAUGAAUAUUCAGCUAUGUGUGUUCAAAAUGUUUGUUUCAAUUUACCCCAAAUUUUCACUUUACUUAUAAAAAAAAAAAAAAAAAGAUAU